AGAUUUUGAAGCAGGCUGUCUGGCUCCAGAGUCCUCAUUCUUAAGUAUAAUGUUCUACUACCUCUUAUAAGCAUUCUUUCCUAGGUAAGGGAGAUUCGAGCUACUGGGUUGGUGAUUGCAUUUGUCAUUGAGGUAGAAAAUACAAAAUGAGAAUUUUGUGGGAGACUGUGUUAAGAUAGAGGUGACUAUGGACCACGAAGCUCACCAAAGCCAGUAAGUAGCUAGAUAUAUAUAUAGAUCAGGAGCCCUGAAGAGAAAAGACUAGAUAGAUUUUAAAGAACUUACAUAUUCUUUGAAGCCAUGGAUACAGAUAUGAUAUUCCAGGAGGAAGAGUACGUAAAAUGAAAAAACUAAGACAGAAACUUGAGAAUGCUAACUAUUUAGGAACCCAUAGGAGAAAUGGAAAAGGAUUAGCUAGGAAGCUGGAGAAAACCAGGAGUGUGUGGAUGUCAUAGAAGCCAAGCCAAGAGAAUGCUCUAAGAAGGAGAUAAAGGUCAAAGGUAGAAAAUGUUGUUAGCCCAAAUAAAUCGAGAUUCUCAGGGAAUGACAGAGUUUCCUGGAGGAGGAAUGGAGGCUCAACAUGUUACCCUGUGCCUGACAGAGGCAGUAACUGUGGCAGAUGGUGACAACUUAGAAAAUAUGGAAGGCGUAAGCUUGCAAGCAGUAACACUUGCAGAUGGUUCUACUGCUUAUAUACAACACAGUUCUAAAGAUGGAAAACUCAUAGAUGGUCAGGUCAUUCAGUUGGAGGAUGGUUCUGCUGCCUAUGUUCAACAUGUACCCAUACCUAAGAGUACAGGGGACAGUUUGCGUUUAGAGGAUGGUCAAGCAGUGCAGUUAGAAGAUGGAACUACAGCAUUUAUUCACCAUACCUCCAAAGAUAGUUAUGACCAGAGUGCAUUACAGGCAGUUCAGCUGGAGGACGGCACCACAGCUUACAUCCACCAUGCAGUGCAAGUCCCGCAGUCUGACACCAUCUUGGCAAUUCAGGCUGAUGGGACAGUGGCAGGUCUGCACACUGGGGAUGCCACAAUUGACCCCGACACCAUCAGUGCUUUGGAACAGUACGCAGCAAAGGUGUCCAUUGAUGGAAGUGAAAGUGUAACAGGUUCUGGAAUGAUUGGAGAAAAUGAGCAAGAGAAAAAAAUGCAGAUUGUCUUACAAGGACAUGCAACAAGAGUAAGUGCUAAAUCUCAACAAAGUGGAGAGAAGGCAUUUCGAUGUGAAUAUGAUGGAUGUGGAAAAUUAUAUACAACAGCUCAUCAUCUUAAGGUCCAUGAGCGGUCACACACAGGAGACCGGCCUUAUCAGUGUGAGCAUGCAGGCUGUGGGAAGGCAUUUGCAACAGGUUAUGGAUUAAAAAGUCAUGUCAGAACUCAUACAGGAGAAAAGCCAUAUCGGUGUUCAGAAGAUAAUUGUACUAAAUCUUUCAAAACUUCAGGAGAUCUACAGAAACAUAUCAGAACUCAUACAGGAGAAAGGCCCUUUAAAUGUCACUUUGAAGGUUGUGGCCGGUCUUUUACAACAUCAAAUAUCAGAAAAGUGCAUAUUAGGACACACACAGGAGAAAGACCUUAUUACUGCACAGAACCAGGAUGUGGGAGGGCAUUUGCCAGUGCAACCAAUUAUAAAAACCACGUGAGGAUACACACAGGGGAAAAGCCAUAUGUUUGUACAGUUCCUGGAUGUGACAAAAGGUUUACAGAAUAUUCCAGUUUGUACAAACAUCAUGUUGUUCACACUCACUCCAAACCGUACAACUGUAACCACUGUGGGAAGACAUAUAAGCAGAUCUCCACGCUGGCCAUGCACAAACGGACGGCCCACAAUGACACUGAACCCAUCGAGGAGGAGCAGGAAGCCUUCUUUGAGCCUCCCCCAGGUCAAAGUGAAGAUGUUCUUAAAGGGCCCCAGAUCACGUAUGUUACAGGUGUAGAAGGGGAUGAUGUUGUGUCUACACAAGUAGCCACAGUAACCCAGUCUGGGUUGAGUCAACAGGUGACACUCAUAUCCCAGGACGGGACUCAGCAUGUCAACAUAUCUCAAGCUGACAUGCAAGCCAUCGGCAAUACCAUCACAAUGGUAACACAGGACGGAACACCCAUCACAGUACCUGCCCAUGAUGCAGUCAUCUCCUCAGCAGGAACACACUCUGUUGCAAUGGUUACUGCCGAGGGUACAGAAGGGCAGCAGGUUGCAAUUGUGGCUCAAGACCUGGCAGCAUUCCAUACUGCUUCAUCAGAAAUGGGGCACCAGCAGCAUAGCCAUCACUUAGUAACCACAGAAACCAGGCCCCUGACCUUAGUGGCAACAUCCAAUGGCACCCAGAUUGCAGUUCAGCUUGGAGAACAGCCAUCUCUGGAAGAAGCCAUCAGAAUAGCAUCCAGGAUCCAACAAGGAGAAACGCCAGGGUUGGAUGAUUAAUCCUCUGAACAGUGGAGCAAUAAAGGAAGAGGAGCCUUUCAUCUUCAGGCAGCAGAGAUCCAUGAAGCCCGGGCCCAGGAAAAUUAGAAAUUUUCCAUUCCUGAAACACUGUACACAUUUUUAUGCAAAAGUGGAGAAGGUUUUAUUCUCAACACUUUUGUGUAUAUAACCCUUGGAAUAGAUUUCCCAAACUGAUUCAUUGUGUACAACAAAGUAUGAAAUUAGGGCAAUACAGUAAAUUUUUAUGUUACUCUUUUAUCAGAUCACAAACUCCUAGAGUCAACACACAAGACCACUGAUGUCUUACAGAGUCUUAUGAUGGAUUUUUAACUUACUGUGAAAAUAAAUAAAUAAAGGCUAUAUCUGAAAUGUCAAAGGUUCUAUUCAUCAAACAAUCAUAAUUCCAAAAGCCAUCAUGGACAAUAAAGGAUGUAAAGCCUUCAGAUAUUUCCCUCAGCUAGUAGAGUGUCUGCAGUUUUUGUUCUACUGUAUACUUGUCCAUUUUUAUUUGUAUCUCACGGUUUGAAGACUAUUCAUUAUAAUUUUCCAUCCCUGUUAAAUACCAGCUCUUCAAGCUGAAGUGCUAAUUAUAUUAGCAUUACAUUGAAUUAUGUAUAAAAUUACAAAGUUUGGUUAUUUAAAAUUAAAAAGUUGAAUCCAGUA